AAAAUAAACACCAAGCUAACUGCUAAUAGAGCUGCGAGCGCACUGCGUCAAAACACACAAAAAUAUCUCCCAUUUACAAAGAAUUAAGUUGAAUACAGCUUCGUACUAUAUUUGCGUUGCAAAUAAGAAAAAAACAACCGUUUCCGAAAAUGACAAAAAGUCUGACGUCGAUGUACGAAUAACUAACGCUGUGCUGUUAGCUUCCUGUCCAGGCACAUAGGUCCAUCUUUCCUGGACCUUUGGGCUCUGGGCUUAACUCUCUCAAGAAAUGGCCGAUUCAGAAAAGGCAGAGGAAUUUUUGGAUGCUGUAUGCACCCCCGAGUCUCUCGAAGAAGCACAGACCGCUUCGGCUUCUGCUUCUGCUCAAGGAGAACAGGACGAACAUCUGAAAACGGAGACGACUACUAGUACCAGUUCGCCCCCCAGGGAGAAGGAAGCAGACAGCCCCCUGAAUACUGAGGGAGAGCAAAGUCUCCUCUCCAUGCCAUGUCUAAUGAAGGAGCUUCGCCGGGACUCCCCAGAGUCUCAACAUGCCUCCACAGGGAGCGACAAGCCUGUGUCGCGUCAUGUCUACGAGAGCGACUCCUCGAAUCCCUGCAUGUUGUCUCCUUCUUCCAGUGGCCACCUGGCAGACUCGGACACACUUUCCUCAGGGGAAGAAGGUGCUGCUCGUCCUGCCGGCGAAGAGGGUAGCAUGGAAGCUGCAAAUGAUCCUGACCAGCUAGAAAAAAGAGAGACGUCUGCCACAGCUUCGGGGGGCAGAAAGUCUCGCCGGUCGCAUUCGGAGAGUGAAAUGCUUCCAAACGCGAUGGCCGCUAAGAAGAACCGCUGCCAGCCAACCGCAGUGGCGCCAGGGCAGGAAAAACAAACCAAUGGCAAGUUGGGGAAAGUGAAAGGCCACCGGAGUCAGAAACACAAGGAGCGCAUGCGUCUGCUGAGGCAGAAGCGAGAGGCGGCGGCUCGGAAGAAGUAUAACCUGCUGCAGGACAGCAGCACCAGUGACAGUGAGCUCACGUGUGACUCCAGCACCAGUUCUUCCGACGAUGAUGACACUUCCGGAGGAAGCAAGACAAUCAAGACAGAUAUUCCAGCUGGCUUCAGACGUGCGUCGGAGAGAUCCAGAGUGGGAGCCCAGAUUCAUGGGCUGCUGGACACCAGUUCGUGGGACAGGAACGGCAUCGGCAGCGUUCUGGAGGAGGCCAUGACGCGCUUUGCCGUGAUGCAGCGCCAGACCGAGGAGCGCUUCCGCAUCUGGAUGGAAAAGCUGGCCCACCUCGACUCGGACAACGAUUCGUCCAAGCGCUCGAGCGACGCCCCCGAGGGCCAGCAGGCGGCCCAGCUGUCCCCCCCGAGCUCGUUUUUGCCCUCGUCAGAGUCUGCGGAGACUAUGGCCGCCUACAUGCUGGCGCGAGAGAGCAACAGCCUCGCUCCCACUCCCAUGAACAACAAUAACAUCCUUCCUGAAGCGGUCGCUCAGAAUGGGAAUAUAGGAGGUCCAGACCCUGGGCUCUUGAAUGUUUAGAGUCUACUUCAGGUCUUGUAGUUUUAAUCAACAACAACGGAAAAAACAAACAAACAAAAAAAAACAAAUCUAGAACUAGAUGAUGCUGAAAGCGUGGCAGUCGGUUGUUAUAGCUAGAUAUGAUGGGACAGACUCUGAGCAAAUACACUAUUAACAGCAACCAGACCUGAGCUGGUCACUGGAACUGGCCUCUGUGCAGACCUUGAGCUCAGUGUGUCUAUUGGCACUGAAUCACUGUGAGAUUUGACAUUCAGAGUUCUCCAACUCGGCCGUUUGAUUUGCUGCUGCUGCUGCUUCUGUGACACGGACACUGAAUCUUUUCCAACACUGAUAAAUCAAUCAGGGCUGUUAUUCCAAUAUGGGUUGUUUGGCUUGUUUGUUCUCAUUUUAUCAGCUGUUCAAACACAUACAAAGUAUCUAACUCCUACUAAAGUGUGCAUUAGGGCACCUGGGCAGAAAAAUUAUUACAGCGCUAGGUGGGGUGCUGCUGAGUAAUAGCAUGUGCCUUGUCAUUCUAAAGCAUUUUUUAGUGCUGGUUUUGUAGCAUUCAGGUUUUACACUCCACAUCGUUCAUGAUUUCUUGAACUGUUUGCACCAAGCUUGCAAAUGGUUCAGGAAGCUCGUGCAUCAACUCUUUUUUUGUUGUUUUUAUCUUGGUGGCAUAGCUUUACUAACAGCAGAACAUUUAUCAUAAAUUUGCCUAUACAUAUAAAAUGCAAUAUACUUACCAUACUUUUUUUCUGCUUUUAAGCUAUUACACGUGUCUAAUGUUGCCUUUCUGUUACAUUUGUUUCAAUUGUUGCUUUUAUUUUUUGUAGCAAUGUGAAGCUACUGAAGGGGGGAAAAUGUGGUUUGUUUUCAGCCUUGUCAGACUGUGGACUUCAGGAAAAGUGCUAGAUAAAUAUGUGGAAGUUGGCUUGGAAGGGCAAGAGUGUCAAAUCAUCACAGAUGUAUUUGCCUUGUUGUGUUUUUGUUUGCAUUGGCUUUGCCUCCCAGCUUGGCUUUGGGCUCCAUGACACAGUGUCUUAUUAGCUUAAACGUAAGGAUCAACUGAAGUGAUUGAGCGGCACCAUGGAGCAUGAUGAUGUUUACACAUUAUUCCUAAAAAAAAAAGAAAAAGAAGGAGGAACAGGAACAGACUAGUCUGACUUAUAUCACUCUCUUCUCCGGUUUGAAAACACUCAUCCUCGAACAUCUCCGUACACUAAAUGACAUACAGUGCCUUGCAAAAGUGUUCAGAACUCAUUGACUUUACAUCUUCUCAUGACUGUAGACCUUAUCGUAUUUUAUUUGGACUGAUUUUAUGAUGGACCGUCACAAAGCGGUGCAUACAUUGGGAAGUGGCAGGGAAAUAUGUAAUUUUAUUAUUUUUUAAAGUCUUUUAAAUGUAUUCUGCGCAUUAAUAUCAAGCUCGCCUAAGUCAUUGCCUUCCACUGCAAUUACAGCUAAAUCUUUUGCAGUGUUUCCAACAGAUUUGCACAUCUAGAACAAAAAAAAUCUGCCUGUUGUCUUUUGCACAACAUCUCAAAUUGAGGUAGAUUUAGAACACUAUGAACAUUUUCUAAGUCUUUCAACUGAUUCUUUUCAACUGAAUUUAACUUUGGUCUUUGACUAGGCCAUUCUAACAUGCAUUCUUUAAAUCCUUCCCAGUCCAACUCUUUUCCUUUGUUGGCAAGCUGUAUGAAAAGAAUCCCCACAGCAUGACACUGCCACUACCUUGUCUUGAGGUGGGAAUGGUGUGUUCAGGUUGUUACAUUUCAUUCUACAUGCAUCAAGUUAGACAACCUUUCAUGUCCUGCUGAAGAAGAAGUGACCCCACAUCACAAUGCUGCCCUUGCCAUGUAUUUUCCUACUUUUUAAGUCAAUUUAUCCUUUUCCAUCCACUAUUUAUUUUUUCCCCCUUUUAUUUCAUAAGUACGCACUGCUUGGUGUGUUGGUCAAUCGCAUAAAAUUCCAAUAUUAUACAUUAGAAUUUGUAGUUGCGUUGAGUUAAAACUUUGAUAAAGUUUGAAGAAAUGCGAAUCCAUUUGCAAGCUACUGUAUGCGAGGGGGUAACAUCUGUAACACACAAGGCUUCUGACAUCCAAACGCAUCAGAUAGUUGUGAAUGUGGAGCCCUUCGCUCUUAAACGUUCACAGCCAGGAUUCCAAGAAGCGCUCCGUAUGUAAAUGACUGACUGUUUUCCCGCAUCUCAAAGCCGAACACAUCGUUUCCCACCACCUGUUUGCAUGUGAUUAUAUAACUACGUAGUGCAAGGCCAAGCUAGUUCUCAUCAUCAGCAGCAUGCGUUCAAGGUAUAUCUGUGCUUGAUGCUGAUAUGAAUGGCGACUGACGGGACGUUUUACCGAUCGUUUUUCCCCUCGCCCCUGUAGUUUUGUUUCAGGUUUUUCUGAAUGUUGUUUUUAAGGUGAAACAUUUUAAGGGUUUGAUUUUUUAAUUUUUUUUGCUGCAUAGAUUUAAAUGGAUCCAGCAUCUUCCUUUAUGGAUGUAUUAAAACUGAAGUUACCUUUUUUAAAUGAAAAAGAAAAAAGAAGUAUUGCCAACACUAUGACGUAAACUUGGGUGCAUACAAUCAAAAUGUGCAUUGAAAACACUAAGGGACAGUCCAUUGUUUACCAAAGAGACUCUCCUGGUUUACAUUGGUCCUUUUUCUAUCAUCGAAACGUGACCUUUAUAUUUGGAAGAGCUCUGUUUCUCUGGUUACCAUGGUUGAAGUACAUCUUAGCUCUGUCAGCUAUUCAUAAGUUCUCAUUGCACAUGCUGUGCAGACGAACCUGCUGUGACACCUACACAGACGUCUGGAUGACAGAGUGUGCGCAUCGCUCUGACGGACUCUCUUUACAGGGUAGAUUAGCCGCGCGCUCCUGCUCUUCCACGAUUAUUCUUCUGUUGUUUGGCUAUUUAUCAUCUUAACUGUGUUUCACUCACAGAGCAAGGUUAUUUUUAAGUGUUUUGUAAAAACUGUAGUGUAGUUUUUAUGUGGAUGGCUGUUUAUUUUAAAAACCAAUAAACAAAUAAAAA